GAAAGGGCGGAGAGCAGAAGGCCAGCUGGGCAACCCCAGCCCUCAUCGAUGAGGCCACCUCAGGCAAUGGAGGGCCCAGCCGCAGCAGCCACUCUACAGCCCCCAGGCCCUGAGGAGCCAGCCCUGCCGGGGAGGGGGCCUGAAACGUCCUCUGGUGGUGGCAGUGGCGGUGGUGGCAGUGAGGACAACAGGGACCAGAGUGUGACCAAGAGCACACGCCCCACUGUGGGCUGGGUGCACAAGGGGCCCAUGGAGUCGGCUACUGCGGCCAGAGCUGAUACAGGGGCUGCUCUCCGACUUGGCAGCAUAAGGCCCACUGCAGGGACCCCUCUCGGCCAGAUGGUAGCGUACCCCACAGACCUGACCUUGACACUGCUGGCCAUGCGGAGGAGGAGCAGGCGGCCGGACCCUGAGCUGCAGCAGGCACUGCGGGCAAGGCUCCGGCUGCUGGAGAACGACACCCGGGAGGUGGCACAUGUGCUCGGGGAAUUAUCGGCCAGGCUGUUGUCCAUCCACAGUGACCAAGACCAGAUUGUGGUGACCUUUAAGACUUUUGAAGAGAUCUGGAAGUUCUCCACCUAUCACGCUCUUGGCUUCAUACCUCACUGCUUGGAGAACCUGCUGGUGGACCAGGCCUUCUGGCUGCGGGCGCCCGAGGAUGAGGAGGAGACAGCCGUGGAGGUCUGCUUGGAGGAGGAGACCCUGAGGCUGAUGCAUGAGAGCCUGCUCAUGCAGGAAGGGUCCUACUUUGUCCUGUGUCCUGACCACGGCGUGAGAGCAGCGACUGGACCCCGGGGUGCAGGGCGGGGCCCCCAGGGAGGCGCAGCGUCAGAAGUGGACUCUCGGACCCCCAGCCCUAGCGCAUCUGCUGAGGAGGUGGUGGCAGCGGCCCCGGAACUUUUGACUCCCUUCCAUCAGUGGGCUUUGAGAGUCCCCUGGGACCCUGUGGAAGACUCUGUGGAGGAGCCUGUGGCACCCGGCCUUGCAAUGACAGCAGGGGGCCUGGCCGCGGCCGUGGCAGACUGCGAGGGCUCUGUGCCCGAAGAGAUGACCUUCCAAGUGGGCGACCUCAUCCAGAUCCUCGGGGCGCGUGUGCCCGGCCUGCCCUGGUGCCUUGGCCAGCACGAGUCCUCAGGCCAGGUUGGCUUUGUGCGGAUGAGGCACCUGAGCCUGGAGGGCCAGCCUGAGCUGGAAAAUGUGAUCUUUCUCAAUGAAGAAGAAAGGGCUUUCUUCAGCAACGAAGGGCACUUUUCGGAGGAGGACGCCAAGCAGUUACUGAGAAGGACAUCGGAGCCAGACGUCUGCACCACGUACAGCUUGGACAGGCUCGAAGAAGCCAAGUUUGAGCAGCCAGAAGAACACGAAAUGCCUCCACUUUGCCUGAACCCGGAGCCGAGCGAGACCUUAGAGAAGGUGAAGAAUGUUCUCGAACAGUGCAAGUCUCGCCAGGCCUGCCCCGAGGAGCCUGUGUCCUGGGGUCUGCACCCAGUGGCUAGUCGGGUGAGCUCGUUGGACACCAAGGAGGAGCCCAGCUUCCGCCUGGAUGUAGAGGCCGACUGGACGGACGACGCGGAGGCCCUGGGCUCGAUGCUGCUGUCACUGAAUGCCCCCGGGUACGAGGCCCGCUUCCGUGGCCUGUACACCCUCUCACUGCCGGGUCUGGGCAGCCUCGCUGACGAGGAGCAGCUGGCCGGGCGCCUGGCACAGGCCCGGGGGACAGCCAAGAGGGCUGGCCUACCCAUGGCCCUGGCCAGGCUCUGCCUCCUGCUGGGCCAGCUCUGCGUCAGGAAGCUCAAGCUCUCCCAGGCCCGGGUGUACUUCGAGGAGGCCCUGGGGGCCCUGGGUGGCCACUUCGGUGACCUCCCCCUGGUGGUGGCCGUGUACACCCGCCUGGCUGCCAUCUACCUGAAGCAGAAGAACCGGGAGAAGUGUGCAAUGACUGUGGAUAAGGCGUUGGCCCUGCUCCUGGGGACACCCAGCCAUGUUGGCAGCACAGAGGCCGAGCUGCUCCGGCUGGCUCUGCAGCGGGCUGUGCGGGUCCAGAGUGCAGGCGCUGAGGCCCGGGCCUGCUUCCUGCUGGCCCAGCACCACACCCGCUUCAAGCAGCUCGAGGAGGCCUUGCCUUUCCUGGAGAGGCUGCUGCUCCUUCAGGGUCGCCUGGGGCCCCUGGCCACCGCCUGGCCCACCGACGGCUACCUGCUGCUGGCCGACAUCUAUGGCCGAAAGUGCCUGCCCCACCUGGCCCUGAGCUGCGUGCGGGUGGCCUCGCUGCGUGCCCGGGGCUCCCUGGCCAGCGCACUUCGGAGCAUGGACCUGGUCCUGUGCCACGCUCCCCGCCUCCACGGCCUGAGGCAGGCAGCCCCCAGCCUCCCCGCCCAGCUCACCCCCUACCUCUGGCAGGCACUGACCUCCCCGGCCGCGAGGACAGAGCAGACACUGCGUGCUGCACUUUAUGCCAGUCUGGCCCAGGUGCACAGCCACCAUGGCCAGUACAGCCGAGCCAUCAGCCUCAUGAUACGCGCUGUGGAUGCCGGAGCCAUGGCCAGCGCCCGCUCCGUCGUGGACCGCCUGGUGGCCCUGGCCUGGCUGCAUAUCCUCCAUGGGCAAAGCACAGUGGCCCUGCACAUCCUGGAAUCCAUCGGGGAUGCAGCUGUGGCCAGCGAGGACCAGGAGGGCGUGGUGGCCAACAUCAUGGCUGUGGCCUUGAGGAGGACGGGCAGGACCCGGCGGGCAGCCGAGGGCUACUAUCGGGCCCUUCGCGUGGCCAGGCGGCGGGGCCGGCAGCACGACCAGGCCGUGGUGCUGGCCAACUUCGGGGUGCUGUGCCUGCACGCGGGCGCCGAGCGGCUGGCUGAGCACUACCUGGUGGAGGCCACGAAGCUCUUCGCGCGGCUGCCCAGCGCGGAGUGCGGCUGUGACUUCACACAGGUGCUCCUGCGGCUGGGCCACCUGUACGCCGGCAGGGCCCUGGCUGAGCAGACCAGGUCUUGCUAUGAGUGGGCCUUCCUGGUUGCCGUGGAGACGGGCCACUUCAAGAGCCAGCUGUGUGCCGUCCAGAGACUAUGUCACUUCUACAGCUCCGUGCUGCCCAACGAGGCCCAGUGCGUCAUCUACCAUGAGUUCCAGCUCUCGCUGGCCCGCAGGAUGGCCGACAAGGCACUGGAGGGGCAGCUCUUGGACACCAUUAGCCAGCUGUACCUGUCGCUGGGCACUGAGCGUGCCUACAAGUCCGCCCUGGACUACACGAAGCGGAGCCUGGGCAUCUUCAUCGACCUCCGGAAGAAGGAGAAGGAGGCACACGCCUGGCUGCAGGCCGGCAAAAUCUACUACAUCCUGCAGCAGCACGAGCUGGUGGACCUGUACAUCCAGGUGGCACAGAACGCAGCCUUGUACACCGGGGAUCCCCAUGUGGGCCUGGAGCUGUUCGAGGCAGCGGGAGACAUCUUCUUCAACGGGAACCAGGAGCGGGAGAAGGCCGUGUCCUUCUACCAGGACCGCGCGCUGCCCCUGGCGGUGGCCACGGGGAACCAGGAGGCCGAGCUGCGUCUGUGCAACAAGCUGGUGGCACUGCUUGCUGAGCUGGAGUCGCCCCAGGAGGGCCUGGAGUUCGCCCACGUGGCCCUGGCACUCAGCAUCACCCUGGGGGACCGGCUAAACGAGCGCGUGGCCUAUCACCGGCUGGCCGCCCUGCACCACCGGCUGGGCCACGGUGAGCUGGCCGAGCACUUCUACCUCAAGGCCUUGUCGCUGUGCAGCUCACCCCUGGAGUUCGACGAGGAGACGCUGUAUUACGUGAAGGUGUACCUGGUGCUCGGUGACAUCAUCUUCUACGACCUCAAGGACCCGUUCGAUGCUGCGGGGUACUACCAGCUGGCACUGGCUGCCGCCGUGGACCUGGGCAACAAGAAGGCCCAGCUGAAGAUCUACACGCGCCUGGCCACCAUCUACCACAACUUCCUCGUGGACCGAGAGAAGUCCCUCUUUUUUUACCAAAAGGCCAGGGCCUUCGCCACUGAGCUCAACGUCCGCAGAAUCAACCUGUCUCCUGACCCAUACUACGGGCGCAUAGCCUGGCUGGCCUCCGGCCCCCCAUCCUGAGGGCGUCUCUCUCAGGGUCUGUGUGGCUCAUUUUCUGGGAAACUGAGACACAAAGACAGGGCUCGGUAGCAAUAAAUGCCCUCCCACAGUUA